CGUUCACAUUGAAGGAAAUGACAACAUAGAAGGGAUCAUUUCCAUUUAAUUUUUGUUUUUACCAUCACACAGGCAUACAGACCAAAGACAGGGAUCAAGCGAUAAAAUUUGAUGUGUAUUAAUGAAUAGAAAUUGUCCCCUAAUUUUCUUUUACUCGUUUAUUUAUACUUCAAUUUCACAGUUUUCAUACCUAAACUGUUCUUUCCCUCGAACCCAGGCAAUACUAAUGCUGGUAUUAUCUCAGUACUUGGGUUAUGUCUGACGAAGUCGGUGUUGUGUGACGAUUACAUUCAGUUAGGCGUAUAGGGUGCAAAUUGUUUUUGUAGAAUUAGUGUUUUGAAAGGUUUGUAGGAAUCUAAUUUAUAAGAGGUGAAUUAAGCACUGAAAUGUAUAGAAGAGGAGUUUUAUAUCAAAUAAUCCAAAUUAGGAGGAUGACAUUAACACCAUGGCAAACAGUACCCCAAUUACCAUCUUAUUUGUAUAAUGAAUUGUGCAAAGAACAAUGUGGUAUCUGCAACAAGCAGCAAACAAGGCACUAUAAGGAUUUUGGUCAUAAACCAAAGCCACAGCCUCUUUUUUCAAGAUUGUGGCACACUUUUGUUUUCUGCUUAUUUAUAGGGUCAGCAAUUGAUUGGAAAGGACUGCGUAAGUCAUUAUUUCCUCAAGUCGAUGCUGCUUCACAGUUGGCUGAUGAUGGUAAAGAUAUGCAACAGAAAGGACAAAAUGAAGUAACAGCAGGAGGCAUUGAAGACAAUGAGGGGGACAGUGGGGAUGAUGGGAAGAAGAAAAAGAAAAAGGAAAAGGUUGGCUUCCGGGAUAGGAAGAUCAUGGAGUAUGAAAACCGUAUACGUCAGUACUCCACUCCUGAUAAAGUGUUCCGGUAUUUUGCUACUUUGCAAGUGGCACAUCCUUGUGGAGAAAGUCAUGAAGUAUUUAUGACUCCUGAUGAUUUCUUGAGGUCUAUGACACCUGGGAUAAAACAACCUGAUGGUCUGGGACUGGACCAGUACAAGAGAUAUGAUCCUAAGAAUCAUGAUAAGCAGAAUGUCCACAUGAAACUGGAACUUGCCCUCGAUGAGGAUAGCAUAUUCUACAAACUUGGAAGUUCAGGCCUUAUCACAUUCUCUGAUUACAUCUUCCUGCUCACUGUUCUGUCAACCUCACGACGUCACUUUGAAAUAGCAUUUCGAAUGUUUGACCUUAAUGGAGAUGGGGAUGUGGACUCUGAGGAAUUUGAGAAAGUGGCAACUUUAGUUCGACAACAGACGAGCAUUGGAAGUCGUCACAGAGAUCAUGCCAAUACUGGUAACACCUUUAAGGGUGUGAACUCAGCUUUGACAACAUAUUUCUUCGGUCCCAAUAUGAAUCAGAAACUCACAAUUGAAAAGUUUCUUGAGUUUCAACAUCAGCUCCAGAGAGAAAUUCUCAGUCUUGAGUUCCAAAGGAAAGGCCCGGAUGAAAAUGGAAAUAUCACUGAAGCUGACUUCACAGAAUUACUUUUAGCUUAUGCUGGUUAUCCACCAAAGAAGAAGACUCGAAUGCUUAAGAGAGUCAAGAAAGUAUUCAAGGAGGAUGCAAAGGGUAUAAGUCGAGAUGACUACCUGAAGUUCUAUCAUUUCUUAAAUAAUAUAAAUGAUGUGGAUACAGCACUAACAUUUUAUCACAUAGCUGGUGCUUCCAUUGACCAUGCAACCCUGAAGCAUGUUGCAAAAACAGUGGCCCAUGUUGACCUCAGUGACCAUGUGAUUAAUGUGGUAUUCACCAUCUUUGAUGAAAAUCUUGACGGCCAGCUUAGUAACCGAGAGUUUGUUGCUGUAAUGAAAAAUCGCCUUCUUCGAGGUCUUGAGAAGCCGAAGGAUACCGGUUUCGUAAAACUUAUUCAGUCUGUUCUAAAAUGUGCCAAAGAGACAAAACCUGCAUUACUGGACAUCUAACAUGUCUUUAUGCAUGAUAAACAGAGGCUUGAAAUCCAAUCUAAUAAACCAGAAUUCAACACCAUUUCCGUGAAUAAACGAAACUGUCUCUUGGCCAUUUUGAAAUUAAUGUGACUUUUCAGACAUUCUGAAAACAAUAUACCGAGGAAUGUUCAUUAUGUUGCUUUAGUCUAGUGUAAUUUCAUGGAUGAUUCUUGAACAUUAUGUUCCAAUAUAAGAAUCAACAAAUAUAUUGUUAAUAGUUCAUAGUUUCCAGAUAAUUUUAUCUCAUUGUUUUCCCAAAUGCAUAAACUUCUUCAGUGUCAUGUUUCUGGAUAAAGGCAGUUUAAUAAUAUACUGUGCAUAUUUAGUUAUGCUGAAUCUUUCGUGUACCCACGUAAAUCAUGCUGCAUUUGGCUUACAUAACCUUCAAUUAUUUUCGUAUACCACAGAAGGUAGUUUCCAUUCUUUCUUCUCUGAGGUUCAAUUGAAAGUGUUACCUAGUCAUUUACUCUAAUGUGAAGUAGCCUUUAGAUUAGCUUAAAAGAUUUUAAAAAGCACACAUUAGUCUACAGCCAUUUGAGUAUCUCUGAUGUCACUUUUAUUUAAAUCUCAAUUUCUUUGCAUAGAAUGAAUAGAAAAUGAUACUGAAGUUAUACAAAUCUGAUAUAUAAAAUAGGUUUCAUAUGCUCCAUGCUGGCAUGUGAAGUAUUAUAAAUAAAAACAAAUGAAUAAGUAUAUAAAGUA